AUGUCCGAGCCAACGGAUGUGUCAGUGGACGACUCUAUGACUUCGGCGCCUGUUCCAAAUUUACCUGCCCAAGUCGGUUCGCCUGAUAUCGCCCACGAUUCCUCUUCCGCCUCGAAUUCGCCUCGUACCGACUCUACUCGCCCACUUCAUCACCACCACUCCAGUUCAACCAGUCUCACCCAAAGCAAAAGUAGACGGUCGCUGGCAUCUCUGGCGCGCGAGAAGACUUCCAACGCCUUCGCCAAUCUCGCCUCCCUGGGCACGAGUUCCACACCAAGUCUGCGCUCGGCAACCUCGUCGGGAAGUCUGUCUAAACACUCCGCCUCUCCCAAUAUCCCACGACCAAGUCUUCCGCGCUCGCCAACCUCGCCAGAAGUGCAGGCGGCAGCUCAUGCGCGGAGAAUCAGCGGGAUCCGCCUUCCAGUCCAAGAAUCGAGAAGCAGUACCACCAUCCCAUCAAUGCCGAACCCAGACCGGAAAGAUGGGAAAAUGCACCAGACGUCUUCCAAGAUUUUACGCAUGACCGACGAUGAGAGGCCUUUUACCAGGGACUUUCAAGACUUGUUCGCCACUCUUAUUACCAGCCUCCCACUCACCCCUCAUCGGGUUCGAUUCUCGAGGGUCGAGGAGACGUUUCUGUCAGAAGAGGCCAUCACCAAUCUUGGUUCUCUCAAAUUCUCUCAGUCCAACCGCAUACCCGACCCGAAGAACCCGUCACGAUGGGUCGUCACCACCACAACGACCACCUUUUCUAUGGCCAAGGAAAUGGCCCGCUCAGUGUGCCAACGGUUUGUGGACGCCCGGCUGAUUGAAUCUGCCGAGUCCAAAGGGAACAACGUCUUUGUGGCCAAGGGUGGUGUGUGGCAACUGACACCUAAAGGAUCUGCCACCCUACACCGGUUCUGUAGUCGGAAUGGAAUCAAUGCACGGCAUAUCGAACCCAUACUACGGCGAAACCAGAUGCAGAUGGUAUCCUUGGAAAGGGACUCGUCCACCGACAAACUUGUGCAGGACAGGCCGACGAUUGAGAUCAUCUUCCGCCGAUUCAUGGGUUCAGAAGGCCCUAACCUGAAGAGUUCUACGUCCUUGUCUGACUCUGACUCCGUGUCCGAGUAUGCGUCGGGACUUGUUGGUGUCAAGAUGGCCAAGGAACGCAGAGUGUUGGACAAACUGGUGAACAAUAGUUUCACUGGUAAAGCAGCGUCCGACUGGUUGCUCGAUUGCUGCACAACUAUCGAUCGCAGAGAAACCUACGAGAUGGCAGAACUGUUUGUGAAGUGGCAACUGAUGGCUCCGGUCGUGGAAGAUCGAGCAUACAUCCGACUGAACCCCAUGGCCACGUACUUCCAACCCACCAAGCAUGCCAUUUACACAUUCACCGAGAGGGGACAACGGGUGUGUGGCUGGCUUGCACGGCCCGCGAGCAUUGACAGUGAAGACAGUCGGGAUACAAAAGAUCACAAGAGCCGACUUGCUAGGGACUCCAAUGUCAGCCGAUUGAACGUGAUCCUGCAAGAUGCUGCACUGCGGCUGCUCUUCAGAGAGUUUCUUAGGCAGUCACUCUGCGAAGAGAAUUUGCAAUUCUAUUUCGACGUAUCGGAUUUCACCAGCAAUUAUCGGAACCUGGAGAAGUCUGGAAAGCUGGAACGUCCUGAAGCUGUUAAGGACACACUCGCUGCUGCAUAUGGUCUCUACAACUCAUUUCUUGCGUCUGGAGCACCUUCGGAGCUCAACAUCGACCAUUCCCUACGAAACCGUCUCGACUCCCGAAUGAUUCGUACCAAUACUGAUGAUGAAUCAAUGCGUGAGAGUCUCGAGGAAGUGGUGGACUUAUUUGAGCUUGCCCAAAGUGCUGUCUUCAAACUGAUGGCUAGCGAUUCCGUGCCCAAAUUCCUUCGAGAUCCCCGGCAUGCCGCAGUCCUUCGAGACCACGAAAUCGAUUUGAUCGGCUCGAACCGCGCAAUGUCACCCGCACCCGACCGGACUGUCAGUCGGUCGAACACACGAUCAUAA